AUGGGUAUUUUUGUGGGGGCUGCUGAGGGUCGUGUUGAAGUUUCAAGAGAAAACAAAUACCUUAGCACACUUGCACCAGGCAAAGUUUUUGGUGAAUUGGCUAUCUUAUACAACUGUAAAAGAACUGCUACGAUAAAAGCUGCGACUGAUUGUAAACUAUGGGCAAUCGAGAGGCAAUGUUUCCAGACAAUUAUGAUGAGGACUGGUCUCAUCAGACAGGCAGAAUAUACAGACUUUUUGAAGAGUGUACCAAUAUUUAAAAACUUGCCAGAAGAAACACUCAUUAAAAUUUCUGAUGUUUUGGAGGAGACAUACUAUAAUGAAGGUGAUUAUAUCAUCCGCCAAGGAGCUAGAGGAGAUACCUUUUUCAUCAUUAGUAAAGGACAGGUGAAGGUAACAAUCAAACAACCAAAUUCUUUAGAGGAGAAAUUUAUUAGAACUCUUAGGAAAGGAGACUUUUUCGGUGAAAAAGCUCUUCAAGGCGAUGAUUUAAGAACUGCCAAUAUUAUAGCUGACGACCCUGAUGGUGUUUCCUGUCUUGUUAUUGAUCGAGAAACAUUCAACCAACUUAUUUCGGGUCUUGAUGAAGUUCGAACAAGGUACAAGGAUGAAGCCAUCGACAGAAAGAGGUUGAAUGAAGAGUUUGAGGGUCUGAGACUAAGUGACCUGAAAGCUUUAGCAACUCUUGGGGUCGGUGGUUUUGGCCGUGUGGAGCUUGUCCAAAUUGCAGCUGACCCUGCCAGGGAUAAAGGCCAUUUUGAUGAUAGCACCACUAGAUUUUAUACAGCUUGCGUCAUUGAAGCUUUUGAUUAUUUGCAUUCAAGGAAUAUCAUUUACAGGGACCUAAAACCUGAAAAUCUCCUUUUAGAUAUCACAGGUUAUGUGAAGCUGGUUGAUUUUGGUUUUGCUAAGAAAUUACAGCAUGGCCGGAAAACAUGGACAUUUUGUGGUACACCAGAAUAUGUGGCUCCUGAAGUGAUUUUAAAUAGAGGUCACGACAUCAGCGCUGAUUACUGGUCACUAGGCGUCUUGAUGUUUGAAUUACUUACUGGAACACCUCCCUUCACUGGUGCAGAUCCCAUGAAGACUUAUAACAUAAUUUUGAAAGGCAUAGAUGCGAUAGAAUUUCCAAGAAACAUAACGCGUAAUGCAAAUGUACUGAUUAAAAAACUUUGCAGGGAUAACCCAGCUGAAAGAUUAGGAUACCAAAAAGGUGGAAUCAGUGAAAUACAAAAGCACAAGUGGUUUGACGGCUUCAAUUGGGAAGGACUCCGUGCUAGGACCCUCACGCCUCCGAUUACUCCUAAAGUGAGAAACGUAACGGAUACCUCUAACUUUGAUGAUUACCCAGCUGAUUCGGAAGGACCUCCACCAGACGAUCUCUCGGGUUGGGAUGCAGAUUUCUAGAUUCACCUUCCUUGACUAUUGGAGUCUUGUAUCUCGCAGACAUACAUUUGUAUUAUAUUUAUAUAAUUUAAAUUAAGUCAUUGUAAAGAUGCAGAUGAAAAUUGAAAAUGAACUUUAACGAUUGACAAUCAAAUAGAAAUGCGUUUGUAAACAAUUUGAUAAUAAUGACAAGCAUUUAUGCCAUAUUUUAGUGCAUACCCAUGUUUUUAAUGUAUAUUAUUUUUUUUUAUAAAUAUUUUAUUUCAGUCGAACCGUGCUAGAACACAUUUUAUUAGUGACUUUCAUAAAUUGUACUGUAGAGAAAUGAAAACUAUAUGACAAUAAGUUUAUUUAUUACUAUAAUAAGGGAAAAUAAUAUAAAAAUAUAGUUUUUACCUAUAUACUAACUAACGACUGAGUGAUGUUUUUCUUAUUUAUACUGUCAUAUUUUUACCCCAAAGUUGCUACAAUAUAUUGCAACAGACCUUGAGAUUGGGAAAGCUGGUGAAGAAUCUUGAGCUUGAGUUUUGUCAUUUGUCAUUCAGACAUGGUAUUUUUUUAAUGUGCCUUUAAAGCUUUGAAUAUCAAAGUAAUGUAAAAAUAGAAUAAUAUAUUAAGAUAUAUAUAUACUUUAUGUUAAAUGAGAAUGAAGAAUGUAAAUUGGAUGAAAAACAAGUUAUAUAUGGUAACACUGUUGUGAUACGUACCGUUUUCUUGUUAAAAAUGUAUAAAAGUAUAGCUCAUUGUUUUCAAUAAAUUAAUUUAAACUGUUUUAAAUAUAGUAUAUUCCUUUAUACUCUUUUAAUAUAACCCAUUUAUAGGUAAAAUAUUUUAUAUAUUUGUUUGUGCCAAAAAGGAUGAAAUAUAUAUAUAUAUUAAAGCUGCC